AUGGAUCAACAAAAGGAAAAAUCAAUGUCCAUGGUGCACAGAGACUCGUUGUUGCUAUUUGGUGAUGGAGGAAAAUUCAUAGCUUCCCUUGUUCAAACUCUUUUGAUAUCUCUCUCAGUCGUGCAGUCAAAUACAACCCACUACGACCACAGCAUUAUGGAAGAAGCAAAUGCCAUUUUGGGCCCAGCCAGGUGCUAUUGGGCCGAAAUGUCCAACUCGAGCAGCAGCAGCAGCAGCAACAUGAGUGAGCGGUCCUCUAAGUACAAGGGCGUUGUGGCCCAGCCCAACGGUCACUGGGGGGCACAGAUUUACACCCAACACCAGCGUGUCUGGCUUGGCACCUUCAAGUCGGAACGUGAGGCUGCCGCUGCCUACGACAGUGCUGCCGUCAGCCUGCGGGGCCGCCCCACCCAUCGCAACAUUCCAUGGACCUCCGUCACCGCCCACGAGCCCGACUUUCAGGCCCACUUCACCCCUGAUGUUGUCCUGGCUAUGAUCAAGGAUGGGUCCUAUGCGGGCAGAUUCUCCGAUUACCUCCGGGCCAACCACCACCAAGACCCCACCCUUCCGGGCCCCAACAACCAGGCCUUGGACAUCCGCUUCCGCCAGCUAUUCCAGAAGGAGCUGACCCCAAGCGACGUGGGCAAGCUCAACCGGCUGGUAGUCCCGAAAAAGUAUGCCCUUAAAUUUCUUCCCCAGAUUCCCAACAUUAAGGACCGGAGCAAUAAUAAUAAUAAUAAUAAUGAUAAUAAUAAUGUGGAUGAUUUGGAGCUGGUUUUUUUCGAGCGUUGUAUGAGGAAGUCGUGGAAGUUGAGGUACUGCUAUUGGAAGAGCAGCCAGAGCUUUGUGUUCACUAGAGGCUGGAAUAGGUUUGCAAAGGAGAAGAAGUUGCGAGCAAGGGAUAGAGUUAUUUUCUCCUUAUACGAGGCUGGGGACCAGAAGCUGUCUGUAAUUGACGUGGCCUAUUUCGAGGGCUUUGGGCCCGUGGAGGACAAGGUGGAUGGUGAGGGAGAAUUUAUGGAGGAUGCAGAAGAAGAACCUCAGAGUAUUGGGGAAAUUGCAGUUGUUGAAGAGGGGAAGAAUAUUAGCAGUAUGGUGGAAGUUGGUCUGGAGGAGGCCAAGGGCUUUAGGCUUUUCGGGUUUCAAAUCGUUUGA